AUGGAGUCACGCCCAACCACCAAGAGGAGCAUACGAAAAGGCAAACAGUUAUGGGGCAACGUUAGAAAGGCCCUAAUUCCGGCUCACGAUGAAGAUGACUUGUUUUUGAUGGAGUUGGCGACUGCGACACAAGCAGUAACAAUCAAAGUCGGGCUGCAGCAACGCCAGUGUUUGUCUGUACGCAAGGGCCUACUCACCUCAACCCACCACGCAAGAAUUCCAAGACGCCAUAUUGAAGCAUUGCUUGCUCAGCGCAUGCUUCAAAAGCCAGACAACACUUCGUCCAGGGCCGCAAUGUCUCCUUCAAGGCCCAAAGCGAAAGAAUAUGGGGCGUCUUUUGAUGAUUCAGAUGCGAACCGAGCUAUUGGAAGUACUGCUGCCCAGUUCAGUGUUGUCUGUAUUGACGAAAGUGGGUUGGCUCAUAUAUGGGACUCGGUGUCAGAUACAUCUUCUUCACGAGCAACGGUAACACAACCGAUAACAGUAUCUGUCACCUCUGUGGUCCUUCUUUCCAGUCUGUACAUGUACGCAACAAGCUCGCAUGAAUCGAACGUCAAGUUUGUCAACUUUGUACCAACACCAUACGCCGUUCACGAAAUCAUAUACAAUCCAACCAAAGACGAAUUGAUUACCGUUGGUGACCACUUCAUCACUACGUGGAAGAUUGGACGGGACAAGUUAGCGGAAAAAUUUGAAGUUCGUCUGACGAGCACCUGGACGACAUCGACGGGCUUGCCAAACUCUCAAUGGUUAGGUGCAACCUUCUUGGACAUCAGAAAUCAAAGGCUCUUUGCAGCUGUCGAAGCUGGAUACAUAACGUACGAUCUUCGGAAUCGAAGAGAGCUAAUACGAAUGUCGUCAAGCCUGGGAACGAGACAAAUUCGAUGUCUAGCUUAUUGUGAAACUCUGGAUUACACCAUCUGUGGAUGCAGUGAUGGAAGCAUUGCCUUUCGUGAUAUCAACACGACGCUAGUUGAGACGACGCAAGCACACUCGCGUGCAGUUACAGGCAUCGUGGUGUAUGAGGCUGACCUGCUAGUUAUAUCGUGCUCACUGGAUAUGACAAUCAAGAUGCACUCUCUAAACAGCUUUGAAGAGGUGUAUAGCUAUCAAUUUGGAGAUCCGUUGAUGAGCUUGCACUUUGCGGACGAUUCCCAGAUAUCAGUGACUACACCAGACUCUUUACUUGUAUUUGAGUUCAAUCAUUUUCAAAAAGUGUGGCACAAUUCCAGGUCUGCUAUUUCUCAUUUGGUUCCCGCGGUUGGAAAGCCUACCAGAAUAUUAGCCCGACUGAACGAUGGAAGUGUCCGAAUAGUCGCAGCUUCCAGCGGUGAUGUUUUGACAUCGUCACUACCGUCACUGGAUACAGAUGACGUCGCAGCUCUAGCUCAUUCAAACAAACUAGAAUGCAUGUUUGUGCUCCUACAAAAUGGCUCCUUUUGGAUGUUCAAAACAAAUGUCAACCCGUGUGUGCCGACAGAGAUAUGGAGCCCUGUCUUAGACGAAGACGAUAAAUGCUGCUGUUUUGGCUUGCUUGAAAUCGAGCCGAGUUCCGAUUCUGUCGUAUCCACAAAUGAGCCAUUUGUCUUUUUGAUUGCUGGAAGUCAUGAUGGUCGUGUCUUGGUACUAGGUAAACAAGGACGUAUCUUCUCCUGCAACCAAGUCCAUGGUGGACCGGUUGUGAAAUGUCUAGCGUUCCCGCCAAAAUCCCAGCUGGAAAGUGGACUGGUUCUCACAUCUGGAGAAGACUGUACAAUUAAGCUGAGCAGGAUAAGACUGCAAACAGGUCUGCUUCACCCACACUUGACGAUAUCCACAAACUCUGUGCCCCGUCAUAUCAGCUGGUAUGGCGACACAUUGUGUUUUGGAGGAGAUGAUGGAGCCCUGAAUAUGUAUUCCAUACGACUGAACGGAGCUCGUCAAAUCCGUGGCCACAAUCGAUCUGAUGAUCAUGCUGAUGGUAUCACUGGUCUUGCCGGGAUAGAGAAGCUCGAACUUUUUGUGUCGUGCGGCACUGAUGGUAGUUUACGUGUCUGGGAUGCUUACAAUUGUUUGCUGAGAGAGCUGCAAUUGGAUGAACCUAUACGGGACCUGUGUAUCCUAAAUAAACGCGGAGACCUGGUAGUUGCUGUGAAAGAGAGAUUGGAUCUUAUGCCUUACUCCAGCUAUCUACCACCUGGGUAUGCCAAGGUUGCUCAGUCGUUAGCAGAAACAGAGGAAAAAGCAGAUCCAGUGCUGACAUUCGAUGAAAUGGCAAACUUUGGUCCCCCAAAACGAUGGACGUCAUCUUUAGACCAGCAGCUGCCUUGGUCUGCUGAAGAUGCAAAUUUGCUUGGGGAAUUCUCUCCCCUUACAGUGAUUGACGCACGAAAUCCAGUAGAGAAAGCAGUCAAGGUUCUCUCCCAAGCGACCUCUGUGAAGGAGCUCGGAAUAUGUCUCAGUGUUUUGGCCAAGGACCCAUUGCUUUUCCCUAUAUCACGACAGCCCACGGUUGUGCAAGUUUCUCCUCUACAUGCAGAGGAAGCAAUAUUAGCAGCAGCUGCAGAGCAGAUCAUAUCUCGUGCCAAUUCCAGCUUUCAAUCAUGGCCGUCGCCCCAAGAUUUGCAGCCAGAAGAGGAAUCAGCAAUAGCAAUACCAGAACCGACGACCGAACAUCACCACGAAACACACGAUCCACACAAUCACCUACCAAUUGCCCCUGACGGUGAAGUGCCCAACUCUCGUCUUCUUGGACUUAUCAGCGAAUACUGUAUGCUCCACAAUUAUGCAAUGUGUGGCAGGUCAAGACCUCCCAUUCAACCAUCUCCGGUCGCAGACAAGCCUUCCAAAACAGCCUUAACAGUUGCUGCACCUGCAAGUUCAAACUCCAGUUCCAAGAACUAUCGAGACAGAUUAAAGACUCUGAUUGCAGCUCUACCUGUUCAAGAAGGAACCUUUAAAAAGAGUGGCAGUGAAGAAAUGGAACCAGCAAAUGAUGACAGACAGUUGCAUCUCCCAGCUCAAAGGUACAGGAAGUCUGAUUUGAAGUUUCCGCCGGCCAUGCCCAUCGAAAGACCGCAUCGCGAUGAUGCUUUGAAGGCUGCUUUGGCAUUUGAAUGGUUUCCUCGUCAUAUGGUAUAUGCACCAAGAACCUCUACAGCAAUCGCUACUACAGUGGAACCGGAACUGAUCAUUCAACCUUCGGCUGAUGGCGUUCUACCAGCCGUUCUCGCAGGAUUUGAGCAAAUGAAAACUCAUGCUGAAAAAGUUCAAGCCAUUGAGUUUUUGGACGUACUUCGAGAAAAGUAUCAUCUCCAAGACUCAAAACCUGCUGUUCGAGCCCUGUCUCGACAAUUGUGUACAAAGCUUCUCGGACCAUUAGCACAUGACGCUGUUCAGGACAAUCUGGCCAUCAUGCAAAAGGCCAUGGAUUUUAAUAGUUCGGGUGAAGGUGAAGUCGUCACUGCGCUAGUAACACAGCUGGGUUCGUCUUCUGCUCAGAUAAGAACAGCAGCAAUACAACAUUUGGAAGCUUUGGGUCUUGGCAAAGACACUAGCGACUAUUUGUCAAAGAACGUUGUACAGGACAUGUUUAAGCGGGCUGAAGCUGUUGCUCGUCGCAAAAUAUCGAUCGCUAGUCCACCAGUACCAACACCCAUUGCUCAGACUCCUCCAUCCAAAACCGCAGGCCGUCAUAGCACUGUCGUGGCUCCUCAGCCACCACCACCUCCACCACCAGCACUGAAUGCAGACGAGUUCGAGUAUGCCUCUAAAAACCUGGCCUUUGACAUUCAAAGGAUGGUUACUGCUGCUGUGAGCUACAUCGAUGACAUCUCAGGAAAUGGACGAUCAGGGUCGGCAAGACCUACAACCCCUUCCACAGAGGAAGUCGUACAUGCUCUACAAGAGCAUGUCAAAAAAAUCCAAGCCAAAAAGCUAGCAGAUGAACAAGAACGACUGGUUCGUGAGGCAGCUAUUCGUGCCCAAUACGAAGAAGAAAAGAGACUCCGUGAUGCGGCAGAAGCAGCUCGAAAAGCUCUGGUUGCAGAGACUGCACAAAGGACUGGAUUUGGGGACAGAUUCACAAAGGUCAAAUCCAUUGAUAACUUUGCGCAUAUCAAGAGUCAAGUCAAGAAGGAACGUGCACAAACCUUCAUGAUUCGACAAAUGCAAAAGCAGAACACAAAAGCUGCACCAAUGGAACGUAUCCAACUGUCUCCAUUCUCGAAUCAGAACGGCAAUAACAGAAGACCAUCUACUACCUUCUCUUUUCAAUCACCAGCAAUAUCAUCAGCCACCAGCAUUCAAAACCUUAAACCAUUAUCAGAUUCAUCAUUAAUCGUUCCAAACACCCGAGCCACUACCAACGCUCAUACCAGGCAAUCUAGACCGAAUCAUAGACCCGCUACAGUCGAUGAUUAUCUACGUGAUCUUGAUGUGAAGUUGAGUACUAUUACCACCAACUCUCGAAGUCUUGUAGAUAUGGUUGGCGGUGCAGACGGUACGAGAAAGAGGUACUUUAUACCUGACUUGACCUUCCCUACGGAAAGAUCAUAA